AUUUCCAGUACUGCCAUCCCAAAAUGGACUAGUGUUUUAGGGCUUGACCUACCCGUCGCUUAGGCGAGUCCUGCCCACCUCAUCAGUCCCAGUGUACCGGGCGACCGUCCAGCGACUCGACAACCCACCCGACAACCCAUCUUCCUUCGCUUUUCGAGAUACGUUCGAAAAGCGAGCUCUAAGGAAACACCGCAAAAAUGGCUGACAUCGAAUACAACGCCGAGGAGGCUGCCGAGAUCAAGAAGAGAAGACAGUUCCGCAAGUUCUCUUACCGCGGCAUUGACCUCGACCAGCUCCUCGACCUCAGCUCUGAGCAGCUCCGUGAUGUCGUCCACGCCCGUGCCCGCAGACGCUUCAACCGCGGUCUGAAGCGCAAGCCCAUGGGUCUCAUCAAGAAGCUCCGCAAGGCCAAGCAGGAGGCCAAGCCCAACGAGAAGCCCGACCUCGUCAAGACCCACCUCCGUGACAUGAUCGUUGUCCCCGAGAUGAUCGGCUCCGUCAUCGGUAUCUACUCCGGCAAGGAGUUCAACCAGGUUGAGAUCAAGCCUGAGAUGGUUGGCCACUACCUGGCUGAGUUCUCUAUCUCUUACAAGCCCGUCAAGCACGGUCGUCCCGGUAUCGGUGCUACCCACUCUUCCCGUUUCAUUCCCCUGAAGUAAACGAUUCGAACGAUUCCCCUUGGAGUGGCGUGUGGUGGAGAUGGUGCUUGGAUCGGAAAAAAUGGGAGCCAGUAUCGUCCCAACUGGAUUCCUUUUAUUCAGCUUGUAUUUCCAGAGCGGAUCAGCUGUUUCCAUUUCAAUUUAAGAGCUUGUCGGCAUGAAAAAAAAAACUUAUUUGGGAACUUGCACCCUCUCAAAAGUCUUUGUCGGUCUUCGGCAGAGCAAAUGGAUAGGACCUCUUAUCCCUGGUUGCUUUUUGGGGUACUAGGGAAAGGAGUUCAAUUUACGAUAUGAUUAUUUCAAGU